AAUCCAAUUGAUUCUCAUUGUUAACGAUUCCGUGACAUUAAUAUUGAGUGACAUUUUGUUUGGAGACAUCCGGAGAGUUGUUGAAGACAUGGAUCAGAUAUAUUCGGUGUUUCGGCACAAUUACAGCGCAAACAAUGGCUUUUCUGAAAGUGUGUCACAAUUGAGUCCAUUGUGUUGUAUAUCGAGCGGUAAUUUAAUGGCCUUCACGUCGACCACCGAUUUGAAUGACUCGAGCGCUAAAUGGUUUGCUUUCCACGUGUUUGUCGUCGAUCUCAACAUACCUUACAAUCCAUUCAAAGUGAGCUCUCAUUUGGAAGAGAUUACGGCUCUUGAGUGGGAUAUAAGCGGAACAAAGCUCUUGAUCGGCGAUUUGGUGGGCAAUAUAGAGUUGUGGUCAAUGAGGGAAUACUUGUUGAGCGACUGGUAUUUAGUAGACGUCCAUCACUUCUCUGGAGAGCGCAUAUUGUCUGCCAUUUGGUUUCACAACGGAAUCAAGAUUGGCAUCAAUAACGAUAAGAAGGACACGAAUGUGUCAUAUCUGGAGAAAUACACGCACACGAAGUUCGCCGCUUCUGUCCGACAGUUUGGAGGCAAACCCACCGAAGGAUAUCUCGCUAUUUCCAGCUCUGGACUCGUUUGCUGUUCACUCUUCCUAUCGGACGGCACUGUAGUGUCGGGAAUGGAAAUUUUGGGUCAAUUUAGGACUAAACUUAAACGCGUGGACGUCUGCUAUGCGAAGAACGGAGACUUUUUAGUGGUGACCACUAAUGGAUGCGUCGAUUCUUCUAUCAAUUGUUAUGGAGUGACGGUUAAAGUGAAUGUCGGCUGUAAUUCACAAGAGAAACAGAAAUGUUUGAUCACAUGUCAGGCCUAUACCAGCUUUUAUAUGAGUUGUUCUAAAGCUCUCACAUCUGAAGCUUAUCGGUCUGUAACUCAUCUCAAGUUUGUUUUGCGCGAAGCGGCCGAAGCAGUAGUGAUCGCCGCGUCCGGUAUAUCGGGCUCUACUGUCGAGUUAUGGGAAUUAAGAGAAAAACCAGUUUCAAUACAUAAGAUGUUUCAAACAAAAAACAAUUCAAAUAUUGAUUUGAAUACCGGUGCCAGCGUUGGACCCAAGACUGUUGUCUGGCAGCACAACACCAGUUCCAACUCAUCAGUGAAUGUGGUUUCAAUUGCAACGCCGAGACUGUCAUUGUUUGAUACGAGUCCUCCGCCCUCUUAUAUAUUGGUUGCUUUUAAGGACAAUACAAUCAAAUGCUUUUAUAGAGAGAACUUGCAGUUAAUAUGUAGCGUUGGAUUGGGAACCACUCAGAGCCGCACCGUUGACACUAACAAAACGUUUGGUAUGCAGAAGAUGUCCACAUCUAUGCCCACAAUCACAUCAAUAGCAGAUAUGCAGUUCACAUGGAGUAGUUGCGCAAUGGUUGCCAUCGACUCUCUUUCACAGAUCUAUUUGUAUAAACUGUCGCCAAUUACAGACCCGGGCGGACACAUGAGUGCCAAUUACGCGCAGACAAUGCUUGAGUACUGUUUAGUAUCUGGUAAUGAUUGGUGGGAUGUGAUCAUUGGCUUACGACCCAAUCUUAUCGAUAGUGUUUGUGAGAAAAUUACCGAAACUUUUAUGAAUAAACAGCAGUUGGAGUUACAGCAGAAAUGGUUGAGUCACCCGGGCGGACACAUGAGUGCCAAUUACGCGCAGACAAUGCUUGAGUACUGUUUAGUAUCUGGUAAUGAUUGGUGGGAUGUGAUCAUUGGCUUACGACCCAAUCUGAUCGAUAGUGUUUGUGAGAAAAUUACCGAAACUUUUAUGAAUAAACAGCAGUUGGAGUUACAGCAGAAAUGGUUGAGUCGUUUUCUCACAAUUAAAGCAUCACUUUAUAGAUGUCUCAAUACGAGUAGUGCUAACAAUAGCGGUCAAUGCAAAGCUGGAGACUUCUACACAUUGAUUAUGUUGAACGCCAUCGCAACCACUUUGAAAUCAUUGCUCAGACCGCGGGAUAACCAGGAGAAUGAGGGACCGGCCGAGAACCUCAGUCUUCUCAUUCAAAAUAAGGGAAAUGACAUGCAAUACAUGAAAGUCGACACAAUUCUCAUUAAUUUAGAUAAUAAGGACUUUUGCGUUGAGCCGCAGAUUUUGCAAUCUUUCCAACAUUUGCAUCAAUGGAUUGCAGAUUUAACCCUCUAUUUAUUGGCCUCAUUGCCACAACAGUGUCAUCACAACCAGUUUAGAUUUCCCGGGGGUGGCUUAAUAUUCGAUACAAAAGCAUUGAAUACAUUGAGAGAACUGUUGGUAAUAAUCCGAUUUUGGGGUCUGAUUAACUCCGGAUGUCUUCCGGUGUUCACCAAAAUGGAGAACGAUUUGGACGUAAUUUCGCUUCUUUUCAAACUUUUAUCAAAAACAGUGACCGAAAGACUUGACGAAAAACUAUUAGACGAGUGCUGUCUUCUUCCAAAUCAAGUGCUUAUUCCUCAUUUAGACUUAUGUCUCAAAGCGAUAGGCGUUGCGAGUCCUGCACUCUUCACGAACGCUCUUCCCCUCCAAUUUGAUUACUUUUCUGAGCCCUCGUUCUUGAAAUUCACCGCAAAAACCCAUUCAAUCGACGGCGCCGUCAAUUGCUAUGCCGGACGUCGUAUAGAUGUAGUCCGUUAUGUAGGACUCGGGGCUUCCAAUCAGGAGUCCUCUAACCUAAGGUCGUGUUCCCGAUGUAAUGCCGUCUCAUUGCUGAAGCCUAUUAUGCGUUCGCCGGCCACUAGAGCUUGGGAUCAAAGAUGGAUUAAGAACUGCUUAUGUGGUGGACACUGGAGGGCCAAACGUGACACCAAACACCUCUUAGAGGACAUCCAUAAUGAGAUCGAAGCGAUUGAAGACUUGAAGGACAGCUCUUCAAAACGGGAGAAGAAUUGCAUUUGUCUUUUCUUCGCGGCGUUUGUCAUCCUUUACACGAUCUCUGUAUUAAUCUUUUAUAGAUUUUAUUUGGUUUUUCAUUACUCCAAAGAGAAUAUCAUUCAAAAUAUUGUUUGGUUUCUGCCAUUCAUUAUCUCCCCUUUUAUUUUUAUUGGUAUUAAACGUUUACUACAAUUAUAUUACCGAUGGAUUGGAGAUAAUUCUGAUGAAAGACUCAAACAAUUGAAACGA